AUGUCAAAAAGAAGUAUUGAUUUUAGACGAAAUCGAAAAAAGGUUAAAAGGUCAAGUCCAGGUAGAACUCCAAAGCCAUUAGGUCGGGUCAGGAUGAAUUCAAAUAUCCCUGAGAUAAUUGAAAAAUUAAAUCCUAAUAGACAAUGCAUGUCCGAAUCUGCAAGUCAAAGCUUGAGAACUCGGUUGCAAGCUAGAUUACAACCAAUUAUACAGUUUCAAAAAGAACUUCAACAACAAGAAGUAGAAGAAGCAAAACAACGACAACGUAAUAAUAUUAAGAACAGUAAAGUUAGAAGUGAUAGUUCCAAAUCUGAUCAGUGUUCGAUUAACGAAAAGUUGACUGUCAAACAACGAGCUCAAAUGUUUGAGCAAGCUGCAAAGCAAUUCACGAAAUCAAAUGAUCCAAAAAUGAUUCAGAAGCCUAAAAUUCAACCAAAGAGUUCUACCACACGCAGAUUAUUUCCAAGUCAACAAAUUCAACGUGGACUUUCUUCUUCAACACCAAUGCUGAAAUAUCUAAAAAUUGAUGCCGAAAGCUCUGAUAUAUGA